AAAAAAAUCCACUAAAACCUACUCCAAUUUAGCCCCCAAAUCUGACCCACCAAUCGCGAGGCGGCGAUUCCUUCCUCUCCCGGUCGCCGGCGAAAUGCGGCGCCGCGGCGGCGGAGACUGGGGGCGCGAGGCGGAUCCCGCGGAGCCCUCCUCCUCCCACGCGUUCGACGGCGGCAGGGACGGCGACGACGAUGACGGCGGCGGCGGGUGGCACCAGGCGGCGAUGAAGGCGGGGGCGGGGAAGGGGUCGUCGUCGUCGUCGUCGUCGGGGGACUCGCUGUGGCAGUGGCGGAGCCAGGGGCUGUCCGAGGUGGUGCUCUCGUGGUCGGUGGACCAAAUCCUCAACAAGGACCUGCUCCGCGACAAGGUGGCUAAGAUCCCAGAAACAUUCAGCAGCAUGGAGCAGUACAUGACAUCAUUUUUCGGUCCACUUUUGGAGGAAGUCAGGGGUGACAUGUGUUCAAGCAUGGAGGACAUUUCCAAAGCUCCAUAUGCAAGUGUUCUGUCUGUCAAUGCAAUGAGGAAGGGGAAAGGAUCAUAUGAGAUCAAGCUUGACAAAUGGAGGGGGGUGUCUCAUGGUUGUGCGAUAGAAGGUUAUAAGCCUAAAGCGGCAGAUUUGCUACUGAUUUCAGAAACGAGACCGGCAAAUCAAUCUGAUAUUCUCAAACAGUCUAAAUCCUGUGUCAUUGUAUGGGUUGGUAAGGUCCAGGGUAAUAAGAUGACAGUCAAGGCAUCACGGAGGAUGGAGACAGGGGUUCAUGGAGAUGAACGACAACAAAUGGGCAUGAACAGGUAUGACAAGUUGUAUGCGGAAGGUUUUGACAAGUCUUGGGAAAUGCUGGACCAAGAAGCAGUUGCUCCAGAAUCUAGCAACUCAUUUAUGCAUGAAAAUGGGCGUAAAGAACAUUCAAAAGUUCGAAAGUGCUUUGAGAAGUGUAGUGAUCUGCAAGAACAGAAUGAGAUGGGGACAUGUGGAAAUUCAUCGAAGCGAUGGUCCUUCUGUGCUACCUACCUGACUAAUAUGAUAACAUAUGAUCGUGUUUGGGUUGUGCUCCGAAGGGGUUUGACAAUGGAUUCAAAAAUUGUUCUCAGUAUGUUUGGCAAAAAAAAAAAAGCUACAGGGCAUUGUAAGUACUGCGGAAGUGAAACACACGACAAAAUCAAGGAUUAUCUCUGCAAUUUUAAGCUGAAUGACUCGCAGCUUGAUGCAGUAGCAAGUUGUAUUUCGGCAAGUGAAUGCUGUCAUAACUCUUCGGUGGGGCUAAUAUGGGGCCCUCCUGGGACAGGUAAAACUACAACAGUUUCGGUGAUGCUACACAUGCUUUUGAUGAAGGAGCAGAGAAUUCUUGCAUGUGCUCCAACCAACAUGGCUGUCUUGCAAGUGGCAUCUCGUCUUAUUGAGCUGAUUCAGGACUUCUCUUCAAGUCAUUGUUAUUCAUUUGGUGACAUUGUCUUAUUUGGUAACAAGGACCGUCUGCACAUCGGAAAGGAGUUGUCAAAAGUAUAUUUGGAUGAUCGUGUCCAUAAGCUGCUGAGGUAUUUCAAACGAGAAGAUGGUUGGAAGGCACGUGUGGAUUCUGUCAUGAAAUUCCUUAUGAAUUGCAUUUCUCGUUACCAAAUGUCCCUAGAUAUACAGCAGGCAAGCAGUGAUGGAUGCAAUCUUACCUUUAAGAAGUAUUUCACAAGUAAAUUCAGCACAUUAGUAAAAGAAUUAGCAAGGUGUAUUGAUACAUUCUUUGAUCAUCUUCCAACUGAUUCCCUGGGCAGGAAUUUGGACAGGAUGAUGUUUGCCAAAAGUUUGUUAGAUAAAUUGCAACAACUGCUGUGUGCAGAUGAUGUCUCUGAUGAGCUUCUUUUCACAAUUUUCAAGCCUUCCGAUGAACCUAUUGACUCUUUUGAUAGCCAUGACCAGACAGAUGAUGCAACUGUUGAUCUUCAUGACCAUGAUAUCUCCCUAGAUGACCCUUUGGAGAUAAAGUCUCUUUGUAUCAAAACCCUGAUGGAUCUUUCAAAAAUGCGGCUUCCUUGUGAAGACAAUGAGAGUUCGAUUCGGGACUUAUGCUUGAAACGAGCGAAACUGGUAUUCUGCACUGCUUCUAGUUCAUUUGAGUUGUUCAGGUUGCAAAACGUGAUGCCUAUAAGCAUCUUGGUUAUUGAUGAGGCAGCACAACUAAAAGAAUGCGAAGCACUGGUUCCUCUCUUGCUCCCAGGGAUAGAGCACAUUCUGCUGAUUGGAGAUGAAAACCAAUUAUCAUCAUUGGUAAAGAGUAAGAUUGCUAAAGAUGCUGACUUUGGCCGAAGUCUCUAUGAGAGAUUGUGUACAAUGGGUUAUAGAAAGCAUUUGCUGGAAGUACAAUAUAGGAUGCACCCUGGCAUCAACAAAUUUCCAAAUGCCAACUUUUAUGAUAACCGAAUUUCUGAUGGUCCCAGUGUCCAACAGGAAGACUAUAUGAAGAGUUAUCUCCCUGGCCCUAUUUAUGGUGCUUAUUCAUUCAUUCAUAUUGAAAACGAUAUGGAAAUGCUUGAUGAACUUGGCCAGAGUUCCAAAAAUAUGGUUGAGGUUGCUGUAGCGACCAAUAUUGUUGAAAGACUUGCAAAAGAGUGCUCUGAGAAGAGGCAGCGAACCAGCCUUGGUGUGAUAUCUCCAUAUACUGCCCAAGUAAUUGCAUUGCAAGAAAGACUUGGAAAACAGUUCAAGAAUCAUGAGUUUCUGUCUGUUACAGUAAAAUCCAUUGAUGGAUUUCAAGGUGGAGAGGAGGACAUAAUAUUGAUUUCAACCGUUAGGUCCAACAAAAAUGGCAAAGUAGGAUUCCUCUCGGAUGCUGGGAGAAUUAAUGUGGCUCUGACAAGAGCAAAGUAUUGCCUUUGGAUCCUUGGAAAUGGAGCCACUUUGCUGGCAAGCAAUUCAAUAUGGGCAGAAUUAGUCCAUGACUCAAAACGACGUGGAUGUUUCUUUAAUGCCCUUGACGACAAGAAUUUAGCAGAAAUAAUUAUGCAUGCAACCAAGGAGGGAGAGCAGAGGAACCAAAGAGAACAGAGGAGUGCCCACAAUGCAAAUCGAUGGUCAUCAGGGUCAUCGAGGCAUGACAUAAUUGCUGCUGGCAACAGUCGACCAAUGAGAUGGAGUCACUUUCCAGGUUCUGGAAACACAAGGAGAAGCAAUGGCCACGAUUCACGACUAAAUGUGUGUCACACAAAAGAGGACAUGCAUAGAACACACUUUCAGCAACGCAAGUCCUAUAGUGGUGACUAUUCACAAGUUGCUCCUCCUAAUCAAUAUUGGCACAAUGGCAACAGACCAUCCCGUGGCAGUUAUGGUUAUCUGGAAGUGUUUAGAGAACAUCCAAAUCAUCAUUCUGGUCAGGACUCACGUACUAGAAGUUAUCAUGAAACCAUGUGCAGUACUCCUCAAACAGGCAAUGGGAGGUUUCCUUAUUCUGGAUCAAUUCAGAGGGAGAAAUCACAGAGGCAAACUAGUAUCCUUGGUGAACGGCAACCUUUAGGAGGUGACGGCAAUAAAGGAUUUCAGGAUGGGACUUCUGGUUAUCCAUGCCGGCGCAAUUCUUCUCAAAUUAGGCCAAAUACAUAUGAAGCCGGUGCUCCUGAACUUCAAAGUAUGAAUAAGCACAGGGAGUUCAGUAGUUAUCCACAACAAGCACCAUAUAGGACUUUUGGUGGUCGGGGUAGAGGGAGACCUACAUAUCAUGGUAGAGGUAGGGGAGGAUGGUAUGAACGGACCAAUAACCAUUGGAUGGAAGAACCUCAUCAGGUGCAGAAUGCCACCUGUAACAUGCCAGUUACUAUGCAGCAAGGGAUGAAAAGAAACUGGUGCGAAGCAGAAGCAUCAGAUUCACCCCAGCAGGUCAAUGCAAAAAUAAGAUCCGAAAGUGCAGAUCGACCUCAUUUGCAUGACGAACAUGGAGGUUAUGGAACUGCAUCUCACCAACUGCCUGCAAUUAAGCCCGAAGAUGUUUCCGAGCAGCAGUGUGAGAUGAAAACAGACAGCUAUAAGGCAGAAGCAUCAGAAUCACCAAAUGACAGCACAAGAGUAAGGCCUGAAAGUGUAGAGCAACCUUAUUGUCAGGCACAGGGUGACAGUUCUGGAGCUGCUUCCCAGGAACCGGUUAUCCCUGAGCAGAGAGGGAUGUCAGGUGACUUGUGCGAAGCAGUAUGCCACCAGAGCAACACGUCAGGUUCACCAAACAGGGGCAGUACUGAAGUAACACUCGAAGGUGCAGAACAACCUCAUUGCCAGGCGCAGCCUGACGGUUCGGGAGUUGCUUCAAAUGAAGCGCCUGUUCCUGAACAGCGAUGGACGGAAGGGGACUUGGGUGAAGCAGCAGAACCUGGCCAGGGCAAUGCAGAAAAUAAAGCUGAAAGUGCAGAGGCAGAUAGCUAGACUUUUGAGAUCAGAUACAGACAUAUAGAUUUCCAGUCCUUUUUUUUUUUGCUCUGUAUAGGAUAGUGUUCCCCCUUUUGGUUUAUAUCCCCAAAAUGUGUAUAAGCAAGCACGUGGUGUGUAAAUCUUUUUGGCUCCUCGACAGUAGGGAGAACCUAGGAACCAACCUGGGAAGCAAUAUGUAAAAGACUAGAAGGUAGCUCAAUAAAAAGGAAAAGAAAGCGUAGAAUUUUUUGGGCGAACAAA